GAGCAAUUCCCCUUCGUCCCUCUUCGUUCUGUGUCGUCUUUCUCCCUCCUCUUCUCCAUUCAUUCCUUGACCCUACUUUUUUUCCAGAGCUAAUAGAGAGUUUUACUGCUAUUCCUUCUCUUCUCUUCUAAUUCUACUCUACAACAUCAUUCAACAUGGCCCCCGCAGCUCUUGAGAAGGAGGACAAGGCGCGAGAUGCCGCCUUCAACAAGGCCCUGCACGGCAACUCGGCCAAGGCCAAGGGCGGCAUUGCUGCCAUGUUCUCCAAGGGCGCCGAUGCCAAGAAGGCUGCGGUCGACGAGUACUUCAAGCACUGGGACAACAAGCCCGCCGAGAACGAGACGGCAGAGGAGCGAGCCAAACGAACGGCCGAGUAUGCCACUCUGACGAGGCACUACUACAACCUGGCGACGGAUCUGUACGAGUACGGCUGGGGCCAGUCCUUCCACUUCUGCCGCUUCUCCAAGGGCGAGCCCUUCUACCAGGCCAUUGCCCGCCACGAGCACUACCUGGCGCACACCAUUGGCAUCAAGGAGGGCAUGAAGGUGCUCGAUGUCGGCUGCGGUGUCGGUGGCCCUGCCCGUGAGAUUGCAAAGUUCACCGGCUGCCACGUCACCGGCCUCAACAACAACGACUACCAGAUCGACCGCGCCACCCACUAUGCCGAGAAGGAGGGCCUCUCUAACCAGUUGGCCUUUGUCAAGGGCGACUUCAUGCAAAUGUCGUUCCCUGAAAACACCUUUGACGCUGUCUACGCCAUCGAGGCCACCGUCCACGCCCCCUCCCUGGAGGGCAUCUACAGCCAGAUCUUCCGCGUGCUCAAGCCCGGCGGUGUCUUUGGCGUCUACGAGUGGCUCAUGACCGAUGACUACGACAACAACAACCUGCACCACCGCGAGAUCCGCCUCGGAAUCGAGCAGGGCGACGGCAUCUCCAACAUGUGCAAGGUGUCCGAGGCCCUGGACGCCAUGCGCGCCGCUGGCUUCGAGCUUCUGAGGCACGAGGAUCUGGCUGACCGGCCCGACCCUCUUCCCUGGUACUGGCCUCUGUCCGGCGAAUUGAGAUACAUUCAGUCGGUCGGGGACAUCUUCACCAUUGUCCGCAUGACCACCUGGGGCCGCACCAUUGCCCACAGCCUGGCUGGUCUGCUGGAGAAGGUCGGCCUUGCCCCUGCCGGCACCAAGAAGACGGCCGACAGCCUGGCCCUCGCGGCUGACUGCCUGGUCGCCGGUGGCCGCGAGCACCUGUUUACGCCCAUGUACCUGAUGGUCGGCCGCAAGCCUUCUGCCUAGAUGCAGUAACAUGGAUCUAGAGAUGGAGAAAUGGGAAACAGACGGAAAGAGAUCAGCAGCAGAUCUCUUGUGGGAACUUGAUACCUCGAUUGAUGUGGAACGAUGGAGCGGCCCCAGUUGGAGGGAGCCGGAGGAUAUAAAACCAAAAGCGGCGUCGAGCAUGGUCAUAUUAUUUGGACGGGAUGAUGAUGCAUUUGGCCUGAUGACACGAACGGCCCAUUUAUGUACGCAUAUG